AUGGAGGGCACUUUGAACAAACCGAAGGAGAAUCACUAUUCCCAAAAAAAAACUCGACUCAUUUCUUCUUCACACCGGAUUCAAUUAAUUAAAAAAAAACCCAACUCCCCCAAAGGAUGCGAGGAGACGCCGCCUAAAAUAACCUCAAAACUUUAAAGAAAAACCCUAAAAAAAUGCCCCCUCCUCGUGGAAUCUUCCUAUUUUUAAUUGGAUGGUUAUCCAUCUCAUCCACCACUCUCGCCUUGCACGAGGACCAAGUUGGGAAAUUCGAUUGGCACCAAAAACUCCUGGGCCCCGUCCGAUUCGUAUUCAAUGAUCCUCAUCAACCGAAAAGAUUACUAAUCGGGACUGAGAACAACGUGGUGGGAGCCAUUCAUGGGAAUACAGGAAACAUCCUGUACCGCCAACUCCUUGAAACCACGGGCUCCCUGCUCUACUACGCCUUGCAAGAAGACCGUCAGACCAUCUCUGUGUCAAUCCAAGAGAAAAACCUGAUAAAAAUCCGCACGUUCACUGCCCCCACCGGAAUCCGAAUUGACGAAUGGAUCGUGGAGAUGGAAGCAAAUCUCGUGACAUCAUUUGGCAACAAAGUAUUUCUCAUAAACUCCAAAAACCACCCCACGGAAACCCAAGUCACGACUUUUAACCUCAAAACUGGUCUGGCAAACCCUGUGAAGAAAUACACCCUUCCAAACUGUGGCCAUCUCAUCGGAGUGACUGGACAAUAUCUCAUCUGCUCCAAGGGAACCUCCAUCUCCGUCCUAAACCUCGACGAUGGUUCCGUGACGAACGAGAAGUUCACUGAAAUUUCGGAAAUCCUAGAACUGAGCACGAGUGGGUCGGGUCCAAUCCCUGGGGUGGUUUUCCAAGGGGAUGGAUUUAUCAAAGGAUUUUUACUCAUUGAAAACUCAAAAUCGGGUCCAGAAUUGUUCCCACUGCAGAUCCAGCCCUCAAAUUCUCGGGUGAUUCUGUCCCAAUUUACAAGCGAGGAGAGGCCAUUAUUGUUCGUGACCAGGUUGGAAAAUUCCCACACCAUAAAAAUGGAGGCUUACAACAGGAAUGGACAAGUUGUGUCGAAUUCCGCGACUUUAAUCCAAGCGUCAAUGCCGUUGUCUUCGCUGUUGAGGUGUCAGGGGUAUUUACUCAACAAUCAGUAUGGUCUGGUGGGUGUUACCAAGGAUGAGCUCGUCUUUGGCACCAAAGCGGACGGAACCUCGACCACCACCCCGCAAUCCAUCGAGUGGUCCCGUGAGGAAUCAUUAGAAUCCAUCGUCUCCCUCGAAAUGGUCGAUUAUCCAAGUGAAGUAGGCCCCACCUGGAACCCCUAUUUGGCCACGAUGAACGUGGUCCACGCCUUCAUCUCUCGAGUAAAGUACGAGAUCGAAUCACUCAUCUCUGGCGAAUCUCUCUACGCCUCGGACGAGGACCGAUUCGGGUUGAGAAAAGUGAUUGUCUUUGUGACCAAAGUGGGAAAAGUGAUCGGGAUGGACAGUUCCUCUGGAAGUAUUUUGUACUCAUUUUAUCUCCCCGAUUUCUCCGUCUUUACCGACUCUGCCGCUUUUCUCUACCUCCAACGCCCUGCUAAAUACACGCCAUUGAAACCUCAAGCUGCCGUUAUUUACAAGUCUCUCAGCACUGGAAGCACGAUCCUUUUCGCUUUUGAUCCCGUGGUUGGGAAACCCUUGGAUGAGGUGAGGAAAUUCCCACCGAUUCUACAAACGCAAAUGCUGCACCUCGCUGGGGAGGAGACCCAGUUUGUGAAACCGAUUUUGCUUUUGGAUGUUGAGUUGAACGUGUGGAGUUAUCCUAAAGUGGAGAAAGUGGAUGGAUUGAAGGAGAGUUUGGAGAUUAUGAAUUCGUAUUUUUUCAUCGCUAAAAAGUUGAGGUCGCCGGUGCUGGCGGGGUUUGCAGUGGAUAAGCAGCGUGUGGGGGAGCACCUGAAAGCGAAGCAACUCUGGAACCUUGACCUUGGUCCAUCUGAAUUGUUAGGAGUUUACGGGAAAUUAUCCACAGAACGAGUCCAUUCCCAAGGCCGCGUCCUCCCUGAUCGAUCCGUGUCUUACAAAUACAUGAAUCCAAAUCUCGUGGUGGCUGUUACUUCAGAACCAGAAGCUGGAAAUAUCAACUUGUUCUUGGUUGAUGCUGUUUCUGGCUCCCUGAUCCACUCCUUCUGGCACAAAAAAUGCCGAGGCCCGGUUCACGUUGUCCACACUGAGCACUGGAUAGUUUACUCUCUUUAUAACGAAAAAAACCGGCGUAUCGAGAUAAACUCGGUCGAACUCUACGAAGGACAAUCCCAGAGUAAUUCCACUGCAUUUUCCUCCUUUGCCGCCCCACCCGUGGAGCCCAUCGUGGUGAAACAAUCCUACAUUUUCCCCACCUCGAUCCAACACCUUGCUCACACGAGGACGGAAAAAGGGAUCACGAACAAGGACAUCCUCAUCGCUUUGCCCACCGGUGGGGUUCUCGAGCUUCCACGGAUCGUCGUCCAACCUCGAGUCAGCCACCAGCACUACACGCAACAGAUGCAGGAGGAGGAUGGCGUCGUCCACUCGAUUCCGUACCAACCGGAGCUGCCCAUCUUAUCAGAGAUGAUUUUCAACUAUAAUCAAAGUGUUAAGAGGGUUCAUGGGAUCAAGACUUGGCCGACCAGGUUGGAGUCCACAUGCGUCGUGCUCGUUCAUGGGAGUGAUCUCUACUACGCGAAGUUGACCCCCUCCAAAACCUUUGACGUAUUAAAAGACGAUUUUGACUACUGGAUCAUCUCUGUGGCGCUCAUUGGUCUCUCUCUCGCUGCGUAUCUCGCGAAACGACUGGCUGCACGGAAACAGUUGGAUCAAGCGUGGAAAUAAUUUGAAUAAUUAUUAGUCAUUUUUUUGUGAAUUUUUAUUGUUUGUGCUAAAAAUAUGGUAUGGAAUUUACCAAAAAAAAUAGGUUAGUCAGGUAGCGAGUAGAGUUCCUUCACUUUCUCACAACGAUUUUUAUACACGUUUCCUUUGAAAAGAGAAAAUAAUUGAAUAAAAAAUUAAAUUAUCCAUGA